AUGACGCCGACUCAAUCUACCCAGAUACCUGACAGCGAACUCUUUGCUUAUCCUCAUCUCUACCGCAAAAUUGCCGGAGCUCUACAGUAUUUAUCAAUCACGCGCCCUGAUAUUGCUUUUGCAGCUAAUCAAAUCUGUCAAUACAUGCAUGCUCCGACAAACUACCAUUUCCAGCUUCUCAAGCGCCUGCUCCGGUACAUCAAAGGCUCACUCGACUACGGUCUACCAAUCUCCCCAGGCAAUCUCUCACUCCGUACGUAUGAGGAAGCUGAUUGGGCUUCCGAUAGCUCCGAUCGUAAGUCGGUAUCUGGCUUUUGUACAUAUCUCGGCAAUACUCUUAUCUCUUGGUCUGUUAAGAAGCAGACCACAGUCGCAAAAUCAUCUACUGAGGCCGAGUAUCGCUCUCUUUCUGCUGCUGUCUCCGACGUCCUGUGGCUGCGACGCCUCGUUCAAGAACUUCAGCUACCACAGUCGUCUCCUACCACCAUUUACUGCGAUAAUACCUCGGCGAUUAAUUGCUCUGGCAAGAAAUCCUAUUUUUCACGCUCGCACCAAACAUAUUGA